UGUGUAUGGGGCAAUGUUGUUAAAUAUAAUUACAACACACACAUACCAAACAUAGAAACAUACUUAUUCUUUCAUUGAAUAAAAUCAUUUUCUCGUUUUUUCUUUGCAUCAUUUAACCAUUCGAUGGAUCUUUGUAAAUCGUAAUUAAAUUAAUUUAAUUAUAAUCAACUAAUCAAAUAAUCGUACGUCGUUUGUCAUCUUUUGGGGCGAAUAUAUUUUUGGUGUUAAAAAAAAACAUUCGAAACUUAUUCCAGCAAAAACCAAAAAAAAACAAAGUUGAAAAAAAAUGGUCCAAGCAUCUAUGUUAAUCCGGAUGCCAAGGGCUACUCAUAUCUAUUUUCCAUUAUUAUUCGAUAUUGUUUUUAAUCUUGUAUACUGUGUUUAUGGUUCAGAUGUUGAUGCACAUCUUGAGCUUGGUAUGCAAUUAUUAAUGAAAGGACAAUUAAAUGAUGCAUUAUCACAUUAUCAUCUGGCAGUUGAAAAUGAUCCAAAAAAUUAUCUAACUUAUUUUAAACGUUCAACCGUUUAUCAAGCAAUGGGUCGUUAUCGUUCAGCAUUAGAUGAUUUAAAUGAAUGUUUACAAUUGAAUCCGGAUUUCAAUCCAGCCAGAUUACAAAAAGCUGUCGUCCUAUAUCGACAGGGAGAUUUGGAGCAAGCACAAAAAGAAUUUGAAUAUAUUCUACAUGUUGAUCCUAAUCAUUUGGAAGCACAUCAAUAUUAUCAACAAAUUGAACAUCUAAAAAAUGAUAAAUAUUUAGUCGAACAUUUAGUCGAUAUUGGUAAAUGUUCAGAAGCAAUACCAUUGUUGGAUAAAUUGUCACAAGAAUUAUAUUGGAGUUAUGAACUACGUGAUAUGCGUGCACAUUGUUUUGAAUCGAUUGGCGAUAUAAUUAAUGCAAUAAAUGAUUUACGUGCAUUAACUAAAAUGAAAUCCGAUAAUACAGAUGGAUUUCUAAAACUGAGUAAACUUCAUUAUCAAAUUGGUGAACCCGAAGAAUCAUUGAAUGCAAUACGUGAAUGUUUAAAAUUAGAUCCGGAUCAUAAAGAAUGUCAUCAACAUUAUAAAAAAGUAAAAAAAUUAGCAAAUCUUUAUAAAUUGGCAACAGAUUUUGCAGCUAAAAAUGAUCAUCAAGGUUGUAUUGAUAAAUUACAACAAGGUUUAGAAUUAGAAACAAAUGUACCAAAUUUAGUUCAUCUUUUUAAAUCAAAAUUAUGUCAUUGUUUAAAUUUGAAAGGAAACUCCCAACAAGCAAUCAAAAUCUGUAGCGAAGUAUUAGAAUUAAAUCCAAACGAUAUACAUGCAUUAUGUGAUAGAGCAGAUUCAUAUAUUAAUCUUGAAAAUUAUGAUGAUGCAUCAAGUGAUUAUAAAAAAGUUUUACAAAUCGAUGAAAAUAUGACACGUGCCAAAGAUGGUUAUAAUAAAGCGGAACGAUUGAAAAAACAAUCAAAAAAACGUGAUUAUUAUAAAAUACUUGGCGUACCACGUCAUGCAACCAAAAAAGAUAUAAUGAAAGCAUAUCGUAAAGCUGCAAGUAAAUGGCAUCCAGAUCAAUAUCAAGGUGAUGAAAAGAAAAAAGCCGAAGAAAAAUUUAUUAAUAUUGCUGCAGCGAAAGAAGUUUUAACCGAUCCGGAAAAACGUGAAAAAUUUGAUAAUGGUGAAGAUCCAUUAGAUCCUGAACAACAAAAUGGUAAUGGAUUUCAUCCAUUUUCGCAAGGAUUUGAUCCAUUUGGUGGUCGUUAUACGUUUCGAUUUACAUUCUAAACACUAAUUUUCAAGUAAUUUUUGCCAACGGUUUUUUUUCAAACAAAAAUAAUUAAAAAAAUUGUAAUAUAAAAAAAACAAAAUACUUUAAACAA